AUGCCUGUAAAAGCUAUAGCGACUAAAUCAAUAUCGAGGAAUGGAGUUGGAGCAUUUAUAAAUCCAUGUCAUAAACUUACACUACAAUAUUGUAAUUGGGGAGGAUCAUCACAAGGUUUAAGAACUAUAUUAACAAAUGGAACAAUAAAUAAAAUAGCAGAAUCAAAACCACAAACAACGUUUGAAAUUUUAAAAAGACUGGGUCAUCCAAAAUUAAUAUUUCAUUAUAAUAAUUCUAAAAUUCAAGAAAUUAAUAUAAAAAACUUAAAAACUAAUGAAAUUAUAAAUAAAAUUAAUGAAUAUUUACAAAGAUCUGGAAAUGAUUUAUUUAAAUGUAAUCAUAAAGUUAUAUCUGAAAAUCAAUCUGUUAGAGGUAUAUGGUCACCAUUACAUGCACCAAAAGGUUAUAGAUAUACCAUUUAA